AUGAAUCCUGUUGCAGAAUCAACAACAACAACACCCCUCUCAAAUACAACGCCUUCUCCGACCCUUACAUCCUCGCUAAAGUCACUUUCCAGCUUGUCCCACCCGACAGUUACACGAAGAAGAAGUGACAGCAAGAAAAGAUCAUCCCACAAUCUUAAUUGUGAAUCUCCAAGUCGGGCAGCUACAGCCAAUAGUACGGAGUUAGUUUUUACCACGAUUACAGCUCCAUCACCUCGACCAGAUCAUGUCAGUGAGCUUGUACACACAAAGUGUGAUGAUUCAUCAAGGCCCGUUCUUCAUUUACCCCCACACUCCAAUCACCAACAUCUCUCAUCAUCUAAAGUAAACAGUCCCCUCUCAUCACCCAAACAGCCAGCAGAGAACGAAACAUUCAUCACUCCAACCCUACGUCAUCUAACACCAAGCUUAAUUGAAAAUUAUGUUAAGGCAAGAGUAACCAAGCGUGUUCAAAAAACAGAGAACGAAGAAAGAAAACGAAAUGUAUCCAAUGUUGAACAAAAACGAGUCGAUCGGUAUCUCCAUGAAUUGAAUAGAUCUCAAUCUGCUUUCGAAUUGAAUCAUGAAAUUCCUUCGUUUGAUGAAAAGAAAAAACUGAUUCGUAAAAAUCAAAUGUUAUUUCAAAAAACAACGGAGAAUGUCAUCACCAACCAUGCCAAGGACAAGAAAAUUUCAAAUUCUGUUUGUUACAGUGCUGAUCGCCCCCAUAGAUCAUCAACACCAACAUUAUCAACAAGUUCAACGGAGUUCAGAAAAUCUACACCUCUACAAAGAAGUCAUUCGCAAAGAUACAGCAUUAUUGAAGUAGUGCAAACCCUUAAUAAUUACUUUGCAAGAAGAAAUUCGCUCGGGUCUCUUGAGGAUUGCAAGAACCCCUAA